AUGUGGAAUGGCGAGAAGCACAGAAAGCCACGUAUGACCCGCUUUGAAGCAAGUAGGUCGAGCUAUCUCCCAUCAUCACCAUGGGAUCGACGUGUAUGGAAAAUUGCACAAAGUCCACGGAACCUUAUUCGAGAUUCGGCGAGAGCAUCACAAUGUUCUCUUGCAUGUGCCCGAAUGACAACGCGGACGAGAAGUCGGACUAAAAUGUUCGCACAAGGUACCCAGGAGUAUUCUGGUAUAAAGGUCUUCCUCCGGAGGAUGUGAGUUCCCCAGGAGACUCUGCAGUUUCCUCCCUCGUCCUUUUGGCAACACGGUUGGGUAUCUUCGGUCAUGUUUUCUCGUGGAAUCGGAACACUUCUUGCAUUCACGCUUUCUAUCGGGUUGUUGGGCGGUGUUCUCGCCUUUGACAACACCAGGAAAGAUAACUUGGCCGUUUAUUGGGGUCAAAAUGGCGCCGGCAGUCAGCAACGGCUAUCCUUCUACUGUGCUGAUGACACCAUCAAUGUGAUCCCUCUCGCCUUCUUGUACAUUUUCCGCGGUACAGGUGGCCAACCUGUUGUGGACUUGGGCAGUCAAUGCUCGGAUUGGAACGCGCCAGUCUUCCCCGGUACAGACUUGGUUCAAUGUCCCUCGACUCUGGCUGCAGAUAUCAAGACCUGCCAGGCUAAAGGCAAGCUCAUCACCCUGAGCUUGGGUGGCGGCACCGGUCAAGUCGGAUUCUCCUCGGAUUCGCAGGCACAAACUUUCGCCGAUCAGAUCUGGAACGAGUUCUUGGGCGGGAGCAGUUCCACUCGGCCGUUUGGUGAUGCAGUACUCGAUGGUGUCGAUCUUGAUAUCGAGAGUGGUACUCCUGCGCACUAUGCCGCCUUCGUCAACCGUAUUCGUUCUCACUCGUCUGGUGCUAGCAAGAAGUUUUACAUUACGGCAGCUCCUCAGUGCCCAUUCCCUGAUGCCAACAUUGGCGAUGCUCUUAACCAGGCAAGUUUCGACGCCGUCUACGUCCAGUUCUAUAACAACUUUUGCGGUCUCAACCACCCUUCGGACUACAAUCUUGCUACUUGGGACAACUGGGCAAAGACACAGUCUGCAAACAAGAACGUAAAGGUUUACAUAGGUGCUCCUGGAGCUUCCGAUGCUGCCGGUCAAGGUUAUGUCAACGCCGGUACUCUAGCCACCUUUGCCCAAAACGCUCAAAAGCAAUUCUCCUCUUUCGGAGGGGUCAUGUUGUGGGAUGCUGACUCCGCAUUCUCCAACAACCGCUUUGACAAGGCUAUCAAGACUGCCAUGACUGCCUCUGCUAAGGCGCUUGCCCCUCAGGCUCAUUCAGAAGGCGGCGAGGUUACUUCUACUGCUAUCGCCACGCAUUCCUCGGCUUCCGUAAACAAGCCUUCCUCUGUUGCCGCGCCUGCGUCUUCUCAUUCUACAGCCCCGAAGCAGAAGGACCCCACUCCCGAGCCCGAGCCAGUUAAGGCUCCUCACGAAAUUCUCCACAAGGAACCCCGCGAACCGCGAGUCUUUUCACGAUUCUUCCGCCUCUAACCACACGACACACGUUUGUGGCCAUCUCAACCUAUCAUCUUAUGCAACUUCGGAUCACACUCAAUUAUGGAUUUACGCUUUAGAGUUUGCGAAGGUUGAGUUUCUUUCGUCCCUUUCGCAUGUAUAGAUUAAACAGCUUAGCUGCUGUAAAAAUAGGUUACGAUACUGUGUAUGAUUUCCUUACGAUUGUACUGCUAGCACUUACGGAUGUAUUUGUAUUCUGACUUGUAUUCCUUGACAAUAUCGUGACUAAAUGCACGUGUUAUGAAAUUUGGCUGACGUAAGGCUUAAUCGUGCUCUGGAAGUUACUCGCCCAUAACUGGCCUUACCUUCAUCGU